GAUAAUAUUCAUUUAGAAAUUUUAGAUAAUAAAAUAUGUAUUUCUAAACAAGAUUUUUUAAAUUUCGUUUCAAAUAUUGAAUAUUUGCAAGAAAAUCAAAAAGAUGAAAUAUUUGAAGAAAUUAUUGAAAAAUCAGAAAUUAUAAAUGAAAAUUUUGAAAUAAUUAAUAAAAAUAAUGAAUCCAAUAAAAUUAAUUUUGCAACUAAAUUACAACUUCUUAUAUUAGUAAUUUAUAAUUAA